AUCAGUGCAAGUGCAGCAACAACGGCAGCAGCAGCGGACAUGGACUCUUAUGAGAACAGUAUAGAUGCCGACCUGCCAGAUUUCAACGUUUUGUUGGAAAAUGAGGAUGAUUUGAGAGAGAAAAAGGAGCAGAUGCAGGUACAGGAGCUAAGCGAUUGGCUGGACGCCAAUCCGCAUAUAAAUGGCUGUAAAGCCUAUUACAGUUUGCACUUCUUUUUGCGCACCUGCAAAUUCGAUGUUGAACGCGCCAAAAUGAAACUAAAAACAUUUUACCAAAUGCGCGCCGAGCGUACCGAAUGGUUUGACAAUUGCGAUCCCAUGUUGCCCGAAAUACAGGAACUGCUCACACUGGGCGUCUUUUUGCCCGUCGAUGGGGUCGACGAGCAACAGCGGAAGGUUGUUAUUAUACGGACGGCAGCGCACGAUCCCAAGCGCCAUAGUCAGAACAAUGUUUUUAAGACAAGCAAAAUGAUAUUGGAUUUACUAUUAAAGUUUGAGCCAGACAACUGUGCUCGCGGUAUCGUUGCCAUCAUGGAUAUGCAGGGUGUCCAAUUGGGUCAUGCACUGCAGCUUAAUCCCAAGCUCAUUAAACGUUCCGUUGAGAGCUGGACGGCAUAUCCAUGUCAGCCCAAGCUCUUGGAAUUCACCAAUGCCCCGCGUCACGUUAACCUAUUUUUAAACACGUUUCGGGUCUUCAUGACGACAAAGAUGCGAUCCCGCGUCGUAGUGCGACGCGAGGGAACAAUGGUAAAGUGCAAGCAAUUGCCAAAGAAUUUGGGUGGCCAGGGGCCCACUUACAAAGAGCUGGCUAUGAAAUGGAAGCGAUUGCUCGAACAGAACGCUGACUUCUAUGUGGAGCAAGGCAAAUAUAAAAGCUUAGUCAAGCGAUAAGCAACCGAUUAGCUAAAUAUGAUUAAGACAUAUG